UCCUGCGCGGCGGGGCCUGGAGCGGGGCCUGCCCUCGCCGUGACCUCUGGACUCCUGUGGCGUGCGACGCUGGAGUUGGCGGGCCGGUCGCACCGUGGGACCCUGUGGGAGCCGUGGGCGUCGGGGUGGGCGCUGGAGCUGAGGUGAUUUCCGAUCUGGUGGGUUGGACUCCCAAGAAAAACCUGACGUCUCAGGGAUUCUUUCUCCGUUCGGGUUCCGCUCCGCGCGGCGCCGAGGAGGAAUAAUGGCUGCCACCUACCAGGUAGCUGGGCCUUUUCUGGCUUUCUUUAUUGUGGCUGUCGAUUUUUCUGUUUUGAUUUGCUUGCUUGCUUAAAAGUCUUGCCCGAUUUACCCUGGAGUUAAGUGGGACCGAGUGACCCGAUUUCUAGUGUUUACUGUGGGGAACGAUGUUCGGGGGGUGAAGGCCCCGUGCAUCGCACCCGACCCCAGCGUUCCACCAUAAUUUGACCAGAGUUUUCAGUUUAUUGAUUUUUAUUAUAAAAUUAUAUUGUCUUUUUCGAGGACUUGGAAAAUACACAACAUAACAAAGAAGAAUGUUAGAAUUCCAGUCUCCAAACGAUCACCAUUAAUAUUUUGAUGUAGUUUUAUUUCAUUCUAGUGUGUAUACUUAUACUAUUUUUAUGGUUUUAUAAUCAACAGUAUUGUUUAAAUUUACAUUGUAACUUUGUCUUUAAAUACUUAAUGAAAUCAACGUUUUCAUGGUCACAUAAUAUUUCUUUGUGCAAUGAUUUUUUUUUUGCUUUCAUUAUAAAACAUAUGGAGAAUUUACUAAGAAAUACAGAGUAGGGCUGGGGCUCUAGCUUAGUGGUAGAGCACCUCUUGCACUCCUGAGCCCCUGGGUUCGAUCCUCAGCACCACAUAAAAAUAAACAAACAAAUAAAUAAAUAAAAUAAAAAAGAAAUACAGAGCACACUCCGGUAACCUUUGGCCCUGGCAAUACAGAAGACUGCAAACACUUCAGUAACCCAAUCAAGACCCUUCUUCCCUCUGACACGUUUUAUGAUAAUCAGUUUUUUCAUUAUAGUUUUACCUACCAAGUUUGCAUCAAUAAAUGAUAACAUGUGUUUUUACUUUUUGUUAACUUUAUGAUAUGCCUCAGUAAAUGAUACCAUUUAUUCUUUUUGUUAACUUUAUGUAACCGUUUCUAUCCUUUCAUAUUAUGCUACUUUUAACGUUAUAAUUAAAUCUGGUUUUUUUUUUCAUUUUGUUGAGUAGCAUACCCUUACAUGAAAUCAGUUAAUUUAUAUGUCCUUUACAUUGUUGAUGAUUACUUGCCCCCCCCUCCCAAUUUUGGGCUAUUCCAUAUAAUGCUGCUAGAACAUUUUUGCACAUAACUAGCGAUGAACAGGAAUUCACAUUUCUCUAGGAUUAUACAUUUAGGAUGGAAUUGCUGGGUAAUAGAAUAUGCCUGCCUGUUUCAGCUUUUUUUUAUUUAAUUGCCAAGUACUUCAAAUAGUUGUGCCACUUUGCAGCUUUCCUAGCAGUAAACAGUUUCCUUGACUCUUAAUUCCUUGUUUCUACAUCAGUAUGUAUUAUUAUUCCUUCAUCUUGGUUUCCUUUAAGUUUUUAUUGAAUACUAACAAAAGUAGAAAAAAAGUGCAAGUAUAUGAAUGUGUGGUGAAUUUUCACUAACCUGAUUCCUGGUAACAUCACUCAGAUCAAAUAAGAGAAAAUUACUGCAUGGUGCAAUGAGACAGAUAUUAUUACUCUCUUUACAUGUAUGAUUAUACUACAGGUGUGACUGCAUCACAGCCAGAGGAAUGAAAAGUUGUGCUCCGUUUGUGUACAGUUUGUCAAAAUAAUUCAGCUGUCAUGUAUUACUAAUUGGAGCAAAUUUUAAAAUUAAAAAAAAGGGAAAAUUACCAAAUUUCAUUCCUACUUCUACUUUCCCACCACUUUUCCCUGCCCUGCAAGGGUAACUUGUUCUGACUUCUACCAUUAAAUUGGUUUCUGAACUUCAUAUAAAUAGAAUCAAGUAGUGUAGGCCCUUUUGUGUCUGGUUCCUUUAUGUCUGUAUUUUGUUUCAGCAUCAUUCAUGUUGCUGUAUUUACUUGAAAUUCACACAUCUUCCUUGCUGUGUGUUAUUGUUUGAAAAUAUCAUGCUCUGUUCAUUUUGUUUGUUUGUUUUUUGUUUGCAUUGCUAGAGAUUGAACCCAGGGCCUCACCAUGCUGGGUGAGGGUUCAGCAGGUAUGGGCUGUCCAGUUCUGAUGUUGGCAGUCAUUUGGAUUUCCAUUCUUUGGUUAUUGGGGUGGUGGUGUUCAGUGAUGUUACUGUAGACUUCUCCCAAGAGGAGUGGGAAUACCUGGACUCUGUGCAAAGAGUUUUAUACAGAGAUGUGAUGCUGGAGAACUACAGCAACCUGGUGUCAGUGGGACUUUCUAUUUCUAAACCAGCUGUGAUCACCUUAUUGGAGCAAGGGCAUGAGCCCUGGACAGAUGGUCCAGUGCCAGCUAAAAGCCAGUCCUUACAUAAGUGGCAGAAAUCAAGAGUGUUGAAGAAGAGCAGUACAGGUGGUAAUCCAUCUAUCUGUGAGGAGGUGACACCUUUGAGUCUGGAAGAUCAACCAUUGAAGUCUGCAUCCAAGAAUCAACCUUUAAAGGGAAAAAUUAGUAAUGUAAAAUCAUUCCCAUUAGAGUUCAUGGAAGGAAUUAUAAGGCCAUGCUCAAGUGUCCAAGAUAUUUGGGAAUGUAAAGACCAGUUUGAGGGACCAUAUUCUUAUCAAGAAGCACAUUUCAGCAAAGUAAUAAUCACCCGUGAAGAUGUACCUGCUUUUGAUCAGCAGGUAUCUCUUACUCUAUACCACAGAUCUGGAAAUGAGGAGAAACCAUAUUACUGUAAGGAAUGUGGGAAGGCUUUUAGUCGUGGAUCACAACUUACUCAACACCAGAGAACUCACAGUGGUGAGAAACCCUAUGACUGUAGGGACUGUGGGAAGGCCUUCAGUUGUAGUUCAGCACUUUCAAGACAUCAGAAGACUCACACUGGUGAGAAACCCUAUGAAUGUAAGGAAUGUGGUCAGUCCUUUAGUUGUGGCCCAUAUCUUCUGCGACAUCAGAGGAUUCACACUGGUGAGAAACCUUAUGAAUGUAGACAAUGUGGGAAGGCUUUUAGUUGGAUGUCAUAUUUUUCUCAACAUCAAAGAAUCCAUACUGGUGAAAAACCCUAUGAAUGUAAGCAGUGUGGAAAAGCAUUUUGUUGGAAGUCCUAUCUUACAAAACAUCAGAGAAUCCAUACUGCUGAGAAAUUCUAUGAAUGUAAGGAAUGUGGGAAGGCCUUUAAUAAGACCUCAAAACUUGUUCAACAUCAGAGAAUUCACAUUGGAGAGAAGCCCUAUGAGUGCAAAGAAUGUGGAAAAGCCUUUAUUAGGAGCUCAAGCCUCAUUCAGCAUCAGAGAAUUCACACUGGUGAAAAACCCUAUGAAUGCAAGGAAUGUGGAAAGACCUUUAGUUGUAACUCAUACCUUUCUCAACACCAGAGAUUUCACACUGGUAAGAGACCCUAUGAAUGUAAAGAAUGUGGAAAGACCUUUAGUUACCACUCAAACUUCACCAUACAUAAGAAAAUGCAUACAGGUGAGAAACCCUAUGAAUGCAAGAACUGUGGCAAGGCCUUUACUAGGAGUUGGAACUUUAUUCGACACCAGAGAAUUCAUAAUGGUGAUUAACUCUAUGACUGGAAAAAAAUACAUACAGGAUUUUUUGAUGGUUCAGAUUUUUUAAAACCUGAGAGUUAAAAAAUAGUAGACCAUCUUAUAAUGUAAUUGUUAGGAAAAGCUACCAAUGGCCUACAAAAUUUACUAAGCCUCCCAAAUUCCACACUUACAACCUUAUUGUAAAUAUCAGAAAAGUUCUUAUUUGAAAGUAACCAUGUGAAUUUAUCUCCUUAAAUAGACCAUAGUUUAUUCAGAAUCAACUUUGCAACCAUUUCAGAUUUUACUAUAAAAGUAUGGAUAUGUCUAAAUCAAUAAUUUAACCACAAAUUCUUAUUAAUUUCUUUAUUCCACAUGUUUGCACUGCCUCCUGUUAUUGACACAUUAUAUUAAUAUUGACCUGUGUUUCAGGACCUUAUUUGCCUUUACAGAUACUCAAAGUAUUUAAAUAUAUAAAUUUGAUAUUUUAUAUAACAGAUUUAUAUCUGUUUGUUUUAAAAAGAUGGACUUACUUUCCCUUUUAUGAAAAUAUCAUAAAAUUUUAUGUUAUAUAAAGAAGCACAAGGGAAAAAUCUUUUAUUUCUAUCAAAAAAUCCACUGUCAGUGGGAUCCAAUGAUAUGUGUUUAUGAAAUAUUUACAUGCCAUAAUAACAUUUUUUACCUACCAUUUCUGUGCCAAAGAAAUUUUCCUGUCAGUAUAUAGAUCUCCUAUAACUGUUAAUGGCUUCACUGGGUUCCCUAUGAUGCUGUAUUUAUCAAAUACCUUUGAUUGUUUGCCUCCAAGUUGGGAAGGUCAUGAACAAUGUCCUUUAAAAAAUAAAAAUUUUUCUAGACAUAUCUUUGUACAUUUAUCUGGUUUUUUUUUUCUUUUUUAGGAAAGUUUUUAUUGCAAAUAAUACAUAAAUACAAUUCUUGUGAAAAAAGAUUUAAACAUCAGAAAUUCCUAAGUUCUUGUUUCAUGCCUAUCCUGAUCCCUGUACACUUUCCAAAUGUAAGCACUGUUAUUAAUCUUUAGGAAUCAAAAUCUUUUAUCUAUGUUUUAAAAACUGUUAAUGUUUUAUGAUAGUAUAUUUAUGCAUUGUGAAAUACAGGUGGAAAUUCUACCUCAUUGUGUGAGAAUCAGUAAGUUUGUAAACCUAAAGUGCUUAUUUGUUUUAUAAUAAAUAUUAGGCAAACGUUGGCCAUCGGGAUAAUUAUUUGUGGAAUAGAAUUUGUUGUAUACCAGUUUACAUAUUUCUUAUGAUGAUUGUUGUACUAUCGGUGUUAUAAAAAUUGGGGAGACUUUCACCAGCAACUUUUCUUUAUUGAAUAAAGUUUACCCUGAAGAAUCAAAAGCACAAACUGACCCUAAUAUAUAUGAAGCAUUUUACUCAGACCAUAAGCUGCAUAGAUAUUAUGCAAGCCUGAAACGCUACAUGGUGUAGCUGAGCACGACUUUCCAAAGAGCAGAAAUAAGAUGUAGAAAUGUGUCUCUAUAAUCAGUUCUGGAAAAAAAGAAUGGAUGUCUAACCAUGCUUUUUGACAAAAUUAUAACAAAAAUCUUGAUAAUAGUAUAGCAUGAAACAUCCAGAGAUCCAUUUAUGGCCCAUCUAAAUAACCACUGGUUUGAAACAAAUCAAGACUGAAAUUACAUAAUCUUUGGAAGAAAAUGAAUGACAAAAGGCCUACUGUGUAGAAAAUCCUGGAAGUACAGUAAAUGCUACAUGUCCUAUUAAAUAUCUAAGCCUAAGUGCCACGCCUACCAUCACCAUCCAAUCCCAGCGCUGCGCGCCAGCCCACGAGAUCCACGACCACCGGCCGGCCCCGCCCAUAGGACCGAGAGCCUCUGCGCAGAACGGCGCGGUAGCAGCCAAUCCACAGCCGGAAGGCCCUGUCGGGGCAGAAGCGGCCUGGGCGCUAGGGCCGCCGGGAAGUGUAGUCCUGGGGUCGCAGCGCGGUCAGAGCCCGCACCAGCGGGACGGGUAAGGUAGGUGGAUCCAGCUAAGUUGACUGCAGCUUGCGGGGCAGGUACGCUUCGCAGAGGUGGACGGUGUGAAUCUGGGGCCGGCGCCAGAGGCUCCGGAGGCUCUUCGGAAACGGAGCCUGGAGCGAGAAAGCGGUAGACGCGCCCCUGGCGGCGGCGGCGGCGGCACUGGGCCGCCUGGAGGCAUCGGGUUUCCCCCAACAGAGCACGGCCUCCGCAGGGGAAGCUUCCUCGGUCCAGCACGAGGCCCUUGCGGCGGCCUUACCCAUCGAGUUGGGAAACUUCAGUCAACGAACUUUUGUUUGAGUUUCUAGAGAAAUAUAUGCUCAUUGAGAAAGUGCAUUUAAAGGAAAAAAAUAACAGCAUCUCACUGACUUGUAGUGUUUAACUGUUAAAGGAGGCUUAACUUUGGAAAUGUGUUUUAUAUCUUUUUUUUGGCUGUUGAUGGACCAUUUAUUUUAUUUAUUUAUAUGUGAGAAUUCAGCCCAGUGCCUCACACGUGCUAGACAAGCGCUCUAACAUUGAGCUAGGGUCCCAGCCCCAUAUCAUAUAUUUUUUAGUUUCAUGCAUUCCUACCCAGAUAUCUUAGUGUUUCCAUUCCUGUCUAUUAUUUGCAGUGCACUGAUCCUGUCACUAUUUCAUAGCCCUUACCUACUGUGCUCCCUUCCUUCUUCUCUCGCUCUCUCUCACACACACACACGUUUACACUCACUUGUCUGAACCCUUGCUUGCAGUUCUCUGGCUCUGAUUAAAUACGGUUCUGAUUAAAGUAAAAUCCCUGACUACUUGCAUCUGUACCCAUUCAGUUUAACUGAAUUUAGCUGGGAGGGGAAAAAAAAAAAAAAAACAACACUAAACACACCCACAGUUCUGACUUUAAAGUUUUAGUCUUCUUCCUGAUAAUAUCUUUGUGUGUCACAAUAACAUUGGCAUUUUGGAUUUGAUCAAUAAUGUUUCCUUGUGGUUAAAUUUACAUUAUUUUUAGCAGGAAUACAAAAAUGAUGCUGAAUUCUUUUUAGUGUAUCCUAUCAGGAGUUAGUUACUGUGGGUUAUUCCCAUCUGGCUCUAGUCAGCAUUAGGCACUUGGUUAAGGUAGUACCUCUUGAGUAUUCACUGUGAAAUUGUUGUCCUGUCCUUUGCAUUUACAAAACUGUCUUUUGGGGAGAUACUUUGAGAUGAUAUAAAUACCCUGUUAGUUACUUUUCAAAUUUCUGUGCACAGAUUUUAAAUAUUGGUGCUUCAAAUCUGUUAUGGUGCUUGUCAAAUGUUGAUUUUUCUAAUUCCAUCAUUCUGGAAUAAUUCCAUCAUUCCUUUAUUUGUUAAUCAGAAUUCUACAGAAAUGAAGAGUUUUUCCUCUGCUACACCAUGCUUAUUAGUUUACUUCCUUAUGUCUCUGAACUCUUGGACACUUUAUUAAAUAUAUUAUAAUCCUGUAAUGAUUUGAGAGGGGUAAUAUACUUAUUCCAGGGGAGCCCUUCAAGUUCUUCUGUCCUUUAGCCCAUUUCCCUAUCAUUUUUUGAGAACUUCCUCACUUUUUGACAUCAAGAAGUUCUAGGCUUAUUUGAUAUUUUCUUCAUUUCAACCAUAUAAUAAGCUGCUUCUCUGAGGAGUCUUGUGUCCAUUAUUGGCCUAUUGUGUUCAAAAGCCAUGAUUUAAAGUAACUUAAUGGUCUUGGGAAUAUCAUUGGUUGUUGAUUGUUUUCUGGAUGGAGUUAGGAAGUAGAUGUACGCGUGUUCGUCCAUGUACAUACAUGUGCACAUUCAGCAUCUGUACCCGUUCUUAUAUCUAGUUAUCUGUGUAUUAAAGCCCACAUGUGUAUUAAAGUUUCCAUUGACACUUCCAAUUUCAA